AUGCGCUCCAAGAUCCUCGCUGCACUUCCCCGGCCCGUCCAGGUCGUCGUUGGCAACAUCAUUUACCGCAAAGUCACCCGCAAUCUCCAGGGCCAGGGUAUUAUGGCAUUCACUGAGGAUGAGAUCUGUGCCUUCCGGCAGGAGAUCUGGGAGAGUCUGAAUGCGCUAGUGGCGGAGGCGCAGGCGAAGCAGUCCGAUCGGCACGGGCCGUUCUGGAUCUGGGGUGGAGAGGGCCGACGGAGGGCACCGGCUUCAAAGGAGAUCAUUAAGGAUUAUCCGGCCGUGGUCAAUUAUGCGAGACGGAUCCAUGAUAAGUACUUUCCUGAGUAUGGGCUGUGGAAGUAG